AGGGUGUGGGGUCCAGGGCCACCCGGGGCCUCCCUCGACUCCGCCUCUGACAGCUGCUCCAUAUCUCAGCCUCUUUCAACUGCUACAGCGGAACUCGUCACCACCGCUGCUGCCAGGACUCUGCGUGUGUUCAUCUGAAAACAGCAUGAGUCUGCAAGAGAUCACAGAGAAUGUGAAGCUGGCCCGUGAAUACGCCCUGCUGGGAAACUACAGCUCGGCCUGUGUUCUCUAUCGGGGGGUGCUUGAGCAAAUCCAGAAAUAUGUGUCUGCUGUGCGAGACAGCAGUUUACAGCAGAGAUGGCAGCAAGUAAAUAUGGUGUGGCAAGAAAUUAGUGAAGAGAAUCAACAGGUUCAGGACAUAAUGUCAACUCUGGACAACUUCCAGCUGGACACAUCAUCUGUUAAACCCAGUAACUAUGAUGAUUUCGAAAAAAGGCCCGUGCACGUGGAACAAAGACAUUCUCCUUGUCCUGUCAGACGUUCUUCUAACCUCUAUAAAGAGAGUAAACCUGCCAACAACCGGCUGAGCGGAGCUGGGAGGGCUCAGCAGAGGCAUGCGCCUCGGGGGGCCAACGGGGACAGAAGCAAACCUUCGAAAGGCAAAGAAAAGAAGGAGACAAAGGAGGCUGCUGGCAAAGCAAAGGAUGACAAGAACAAAAAAACGGAUGUCCAGGAGAAUGAAGUGAAAAAGUUUGAUGGGACGGGAUAUGAUAAAGACCUUGUGGAAGCUCUGGAGAGAGAUAUUAUAUCUCAGAAUCCAAAUGUGAAAUGGGAUGAUAUUGCAGACUUAGAAGAUGCAAAAAAACUCCUAAAAGAAGCGGUCGUGUUGCCGAUGUGGAUGCCAGCAUUUUUCAAAGGCAUACGAAGACCAUGGAAGGGGGUGCUUAUGGUGGGACCUCCAGGAACGGGGAAAACACUUUUGGCCAAAGCAGUUGCUACAGAAUGCAGAACCACAUUCUUCAACGUGUCCUCGUCUACGCUCACGUCCAAGUACAGAGGAGAGUCUGAGAAGCUAGUUCGCCUACUUUUUGAAAUGGCACGUUUUUACGCUCCCACUACGAUCUUCAUUGAUGAAAUUGACUCCAUGUGCAGCCGCAGAGGGACAUCGGAGGAGCAUGAGGCCAGCAGGAGAGUCAAAGCAGAGCUACUGGUGCAAAUGGAUGGUGUCGGUGGAGCAUCGGAGAAUGACGACCCGUCAAAGAUGGUGAUGGUGCUAGCUGCCACCAACUUCCCCUGGGACAUUGACGAGGCUCUGAGAAGACGGCUGGAGAAGAGAAUUUACAUUCCUCUGCCUUCAACUAAGGGGAGAGUAGAGCUGCUCAGGAUCAAUCUGAAGGAGCUGGAGCUGGCCAACAACGUGGACUUGGACAAGAUCGCCGAGCAGAUGGAGGGUUACUCAGGAGCCGAUAUCACUAACGUUUGCAGGGACGCCUCUCUGAUGGCCAUGAGGCGAAGAAUCGAGGGCCUCACGCCAGAGGAGAUCCGCAACAUUUCGCGGGAUGAGAUGCACAUGCCAACCACCAUGGAGGACUUUGAGACGGCUCUGAGGAAAGUGUCCAAAUCUGUUUCUGCAGCAGACCUGGAGAAGUACGAAAAGUGGAUCGAAGAGUUCGGGUCCUGCUGAAAAGAGCUACAACCCAACUUACCUGUGCCUGACCGUGUAAGUAGUGAGUCAAUCCAGGUACACUGUAAGUUCUGGCAAAACCAUGUGUUUCAGGCUGAGACUGUGUAUUCUCCUGAAUCAGGCAGGUGAUUUAGAUGAAGGUAGGUUAUCACAGUGGGUAAAUAAGUGCACUUAAAAACAGCACCUCUUCUAUUUGUACACUAUGUCAAUGUUAUGCAAUUUUUAAAUCUGACAAGGUCUAAAGAGUCAACUUGAGGAAGGUAUGGGUGAUGGUUGCUGUCAUUUCAUUUGCAAAAUAUUUUUUAUGGUCAUGCAAUCAAAUGUGUUCCACAUAAGGACAAAACAAAUGGAGCUGUGAGAAAAGUUAACAAAACCGAGGCUACAAAUCUCCAGCAAGACAAUGACAAGUUAAUUUCCAGACAUGUUUUACUUCCACUUUACCCAAGUGUCAUAAUAUUAUGUUUGUACUGUUUUAUUUGUCAGUGAGAUGCUUGAGAGCAAAUCAGAUGUUAUUCCUGUUGGAUUUUCCCUUGUUUUUCUUGCACUUGAUCAUACUUGGAACCACAUGGUUCUGUGACAUUUUUGGAGAUGUAAAUUAUUAUAAACAUAACACUAACCAGAUAUUUCUAUGAAUAAAGUUACGUUUAUAAACAUUAACACAGUCUAACACGUAAGUUCAUUAAUGCCUGCUGGAAAAUGUAAAAAAAUUUAGUCACAGGACAGUUGAAGGACGAGAAACACAAUCGGCCAAAGCUGAGAGCAACUGAGUCUAUGUUUGUCCAUUUAGUGCUCCCAGGUGCAUUUUCAAACUCUGACUUGUAGAUUGACCAUUUAAUAUUUAUUUAUCAAUAAAUUUACUGAUAAUCUACUCCCAUGUUGACACAAGCAAAAGCCCAGAUAAUAAUGGAUUUUUCAGGCUGAAAUACAGAUCCGAUACCUAAAUUUCAAUUAUUUAAUAUUGAUAUAAUUGGAGUUAUUUUUUCAACAAUAGCAUCUCUUACAUUUGGUUUCAAUGGAUAGAUUAUUUCGGACUAUAAACAGAAUCUAAAGACUGUUCCUUCAUUACCUCAAACAAACCUUUGGUUUUAUUAAUUGUGCCUACCAGCUGACUUACACAACACAGUACCCAUAUAUGACAUGUGAUAAGCUAAUACUCUGCAGAUUUAUUACUGCUUUAACUUUCAUUUAAAGCUCCUCUGUUCAUUUGUCUGUCUCAACAAGACCUUGUCCAAAAUGAAAUCAAAUGUGAGCUUUAAGACUUUUAUGUAAUGUCGGAUCAAACAAUAUCCCACAAGCACAACUGUCAGAUGGGGUGGUCUAUAGGAAAGCAUUUAAUCAGCAUGAUUUGACUCAAAUACACAGUCCAGCUGUAAUUCAUACAAUUUUUGCACACAGAUGUCAAAAAGGUAACACAUGGAUCAAACACCGUUUAAACAAAGAGCAAAUUAAAACAUAUUUCUGUUGUUUAUUACCUCAUGCCUGAUACAUUGUUUGCCUUGCAGGCUAAAUUUAGUGUUAUCUACAGCACUCUGUUGUACAGAGCUGAACAAUUAGGAAUCUGAGGCUGCUUUGAGUCAUCAUGCAGUUUCCUAGUUUUCAUGUAUAAGUUGCUGAUAGAGCAGCAAACCGCAUUCACUAGCUAGACAACACAUGCACCUUUUUGCUAACGCAGUACAUCAUGCAUUCUGCAGUUUUAACUGAGCCCGGAAGAUAAAAUCAUGACUUCAGCUGCUCUGAGGUGCACAAGCUGAUGCUUUUAGGGUGUCUUAGAAAAAGCUUGACAAGUAAUGAAAUAACACACGCGCACACACGCGCACACACACACACACACACACACACACACACACACACACACACACACACACACACACACACACACACACACACACACACACACACACACACACACACACACACACACACACACACACACA